AUGUCUGGAGACACUGUCCGCUGGAGCUUUGCCGCCGACGAGUUCAUGGUCGACGAGAUGCGCAACCCCGUGAAUCGCCGAGCCUGGCAAGCAGAGUCCGGCUGGCACGGCAUUACCUGGUCGUCGCUGCUCGCCAAGAUGCUCGCGAAGGGCCCGGAGGCGUUGCAGAUGAACCUCACACAUCUCACGUCAACGAAGAUCCAGUCCCACUUCGAAAAGUCGCUCAAGCAGGACUGGAAGCAGGUCAAGGCGCUUCGCGAGAGGUCGGGCUGGGGCUGGGACGAUGUCAAGAAGAUGAAGCAGCUUGAGGAGGAGAAGGCGAAGAAGCCGAAGUAUCAGAAGAAGAACAAGCAGGGCAAGGUACCUGUCAAUCCGUACUUUCGCUGGAAGAAGAAGGCCUUUCCUCUGUACGACAAGGUGGCCGAGCUUUGUGAGGACAUCGUCGCAACUGGAGAGCACGCCUUCCAUGCGGGCGGUCAAGCGACUCCUGCGACGCCCUCCCCUCCUUCCACCUCCCCUCCGACUGCGGCUCCUCAUGAGGCCAGCUCAAUCCCAAUCGAUCCUGCUCUUCGGGCCCUCAUCCCCAACUCCCAGUUGUCCUUCGACCCAUCCCCUACCCAGCCCCUCGACGACGACAAUGGUUCCGACACCCAAAUCGAGACCUCGCAAGGCCCAUGGGUGCCGACACCAUCACCAUCCCCCAGCUGA